UGUUUAGAAAUUUUACUAAAUUUAAUCUGGGAUUGGGAAGCAAAUUGGAUAGAUUUUGAUGAAUACCAAUUUUGUGUCUGUCGUCCUUAUAUUAUGAAAUCAGAUUAUAUUGCUGCCAGUGAUCAAGGCUCAUAUGGCAUGUAAUUGUAGCACAUGUAUCUGUUUGAAUGUGGGCCAGUCUGUUCCAAUCACAUUAAAAGAGGACACAGGAAUCUAUUUUUAAAUAUAAGAGGGGCAUAUUGGUAAGUGGAACUGAAUGGUUCUCUCUCCUGUGAGCUACCUCUACCUGUUUCUUCUGGUCUCAAAGUCCAAUGAGAUGGAAAAGAGUUCAGACAACAGAGUGAAGAAAUGUUUGAUCAUAAUAAGCAAGCUGAUGAAGCCAAUGUUAGUUCAGCACAAGGUAUGGAAAGGAAAGUUAAUGAAGGUUCCUUAUGGCAGGACAGCAAUAGUAGUUUAAAUAUACAAGGAUCAGAGCUGUCUAAAACUGGAGUACCUGUUAUGCAGAACAGACAAGGUUAUUGCAACUGUUGCCAUGCACCCUACAGUAAUCUUGAACAGCAUGUAUACAGUUCCCAGCAUAGACAUUUUGUCAGUUACUGUAGGAAUCGUAUGGGUACAACUAGCCUGAUGGAGCGUUUCCUGCAAGAUGUUCUGCAACAUCAUCCCUAUCGAUACUACGACAAUAGACCAACUUAUGAUGACAUGCCAUUCAACUCCCAGCUUCUUGCAAGGGAUGGGGCUGCUCUUUCUGUGGAAGUCAAAGAGAAAGAGAGAGAUACAAGCAGGGUGGAGGAUCCAAACACUGAGAGUGGAUUGACUGCUGAAUCAGGCUGCCUUAUUUCCCAGAGCCAUGAAAAGCUGAAGAAAGCUUCUGAGGCACUCCUACCUAUCCAGACCCUAGGAAGGGGGCAACAGCCCAAUCUAGGAGCUUCACAACGAACUAUGGAUAUUUCCAGUAAUACAAACAAUCUUGGUCCAACAAGCAUUUUGACUGAAAAUAAUAGUCAGAAAUUUACAGCUAAGGACGUUUUACCCCAUCCAUUACCUGUUAGCCAGUUGUCAUCUACUCCUCAUAGACUUGCAAAAAACAUUAGAUAUCCAGUAACAACAGAUUUAGUUUUAAAUGACAUACGUGAGCAGACUAAUCAGGAUAUAUGCAACCAAGAUGGAUUUCUGAAUUCAAACGAAAGUCCUGUUUUACAGUCAGUCCCAUCAAAAACUGUUUCACAUUCUCAUGAGAGUCCUGUCUAUAAUAAAGGCAACUCUUUAAUCUCAGGUCAACUUUUUUUAAAACAAGAUGAGUUAGAAUCUCAGGAUGAAACUCAGAUUAACUUCUGUCUCAGGAAUACUAGAAAACCUGUGGGCACCAGCAAUUCCCUGACUUUUCAAGCAACUUCCCAAUUAUCGAGACAAAAAGAACAUUUGUACAGAAGUGCUGAAAGUUCUAUAAAUGAAAUAAUUGAACAAGUCAUUUUGAAAUACUGCUAUGAAGCUCCUCCCAAAGAGUUGCCUUGCAGAGAAGAAGAUGCAAAUUCCUGUGUAAAUAUACUGUCACUUUUGGAUCACAGUAGUCUACAUGGCUCAGAUAUAAGUUUUGACUGUGAUGCAGCUGUUGAUUCAGGAGCAAACCUGCCCAAGUUAACUGUUAAAAAUCUAGAACUUCUCAAAGAAGUUAAAGUAAAUCUACAAGAUGAAAAUUAUGGCACCCAACUCAGUUCCAUUUUUAAUAACGUUUCAAUGCCGCAAGUAGCUGAAGCAGAAAAUGACAUUUCAGUUCAAAAUGAAGAGCCAGUUCUUCCAGCUCUGCCUCAUGUGCCUCCUUCCUUCGUAGGAAAAACCUGGUCUCAGAUCAUGUACGAAGAUGAUAUGAAAAUUGAAGCACUUGUGCGGGAUUUCAGAGAAGGCCGCUUCCGCUGCCAUUUUGAUACUGAGUCCUUGGCUCAUCGUACACAGAGCAGGCUAAGAAAAAAACCCCAAAAAAGUGAUGAGAGGAUCAAUACAGUUGCAGCUAACAAAACGGACGCUGGAUCAACUAAAGGGGUUCCAGAAUUUACUGAUGGGCUAAGUGAUGGCCCUGACUUUAGCAACUUAUCUGCAACUUCAGAAAUACAUGUUCCAAAACCACUGAAGAAUCCCAAAAAAAGGAUUUGGCGCCUUGCCUCAAGAUGCCAAGUAGUCAAGGUUAGCCAUGGCACACAAACAAGUUUGGUACAGUAUCCAGUAGUAAAACAAAAAGUAAUUAGGAAGGACUAUCAGCUACAAGAUCAGAUGGCUAACCUCCUUUGGUCAGAGAAUGAGAAAACACCUGCCAUGAAAACUAGACUAUGUGCUCUUAGGCUUCCCAAGUCUUAUACCAAAAUCAUGAGCCCUUUACAGCCACAAACGGUAGUCUAUGUUCUUUCAUGUCCAGAGACGAAACAAUCUAGGAACAAGGCUGAAGAGGUUCCCAAAAUUAAAAGUCAUAGCUCCACAGAUAGUAAAGAUUCUGUAAGGUAUAAAUACAAACAAACUUCUAUUAAGUAUUAUGAUCCUCUGACAAAUCGAAUUUUAAAAACACCUCCCAAAUGCGUACCUGGGGAGAAGACAAAGAAGCCUACACAUGUUCGACAGCUAUUCAGGAAUCUCAACCUUGAUGGAAACAGGAAGAAACAAGCUGAUACCCAGUAUAUGUCAAAGUCCUUCAAUUCACCAGACAACCAUGCUUCAGCAGCAUCUCUCUUGCUUGAUCCUGUUAAGGAGAAUGAUAUGAAUUCAAGUCACCAUAAGACAGAUGAAUCUUCUAUUUCUACAGAAAGAUCUGAGUGUUUGGUAUAUAACUGUUCAGAGAAAUGCUGUAAACCCUUAUUUGUUUCACCAUUGAACUCACACCAAUCAGAACAGGAAAGCGACUUUCAGUUCAAUCCAUUUAAUAGAAAAGGAAUCAAAUGUCCCUUGAAGUCCCAUACAGCUGAUCAUUUAGAAAGAGACAAUCCAAAGAAAAUAUGGCAGAGAAAAAAAAUCAAUAGUAGAGAAUCAGGGUUUCCUAAAAAAACUUCAGGACUAAUUUUUGUCAAACAUGACCUUGUUAAGAAAGGCAGUAGGAAACAACCACCCAGAAGUACAACUCAGCAAAUAGAGAGAAAGAUAAAAAAGAUUUCUUCUUGUACCCUCAAAUCAUCUAUUCUCAGGCACCACUCUAAGAAAACUACCAUAGCAAAGCACCUUCAGAAAGAAAAAGCUGAUAUUAAAAAGCUGACAGUGUCAAGGAAGCCGAAAGGAACAUUUUUGAACACUGCAGCUGGAAUGGGUGUUCCUGAAAAAAGGCAGAGAGCCACUGUAAGGACUUCUUCCAAAGUAAAGGCAUGGGAAAUGACUAGAGACAAGAAUCUUUUUUGCACUGUGAAAUGAUGUUACUCAGAUCAUAUAAACUUGCUUUUUGACUGUCUAAGAGGGCUUGAAAGGGAGAGGAAAGUGGGAGUGGCUUUUGAAAUGAAUACAUCAGAAUUAGAAAUGGAACAAGUUCAAGAUCCGACAGUAAGCUAAUACGUCAAGAGGUAGUCCAUAUUGCUGCUUUGUAAGUGUUCUGCACAUUACACGUUGAGUAAGGCUACCUUUUUUUAAGCAGUAAAAGCCCAGUGUUGCAGCUUGCUAUAUUAUUUUUGUCACACAGAGCAUUAUUUUCCCGUGUAAAACCAAUGUCAGUUAUUGAAGACAUUUACCUUUUACAUGAGGCUCAGUUUUGAUAUCUUGUUGGUAAACUAAGCAAUGCCAAAGCUCAUCCCACAGCAGCAUGAAACUAAAUGGGCAUUCCUGCUGUUUAGUUAAGACUGUCAGUUUCCCCUUAACUUCCCUGAAGAAUCUUUGAUUGUCUAGAGCCACUUUUAUGGAAAUUGCACAUGGAAGUUUGGGGUGUAUGCAUUGCAUUUGCAGAAGUGACUUCACCUUGUCUGGAAUGCAAUUUUGGAUAUAAAUCACACUGAUUGAGUUUGUAAAUUCAGAUCACAAAUACAGAAUUAUCCAUCCUCUGUUUAUUCCCUUGUCAACAAACAGCAUCAGAGAUCAUUCUAGAAUGAAGCUAGUCUUGAAAAACAUUUUUUCUUUCUUUCAACUUUUUUAUUUUUCCUGGAAGAAUGAUUGAUUUUUAAGAACAUACAGAAUGGUUAAUCAAGAUUGCUGUGUAUAAGCAAUAUUUCUAUCCUUAAUCUGCCCUUAAAAACAUGCAUUACAGAUAUCUAGUUUUACUUCACAAUGUAGUUGUGAAAGCAUCUGAAAGUAAUUUCAAUAAGCAAGUUUUAUUUCGUGUUUAAAAUAGAUUUCCAAAUUGAAAUUGUGAAAAGUAACAUCCUAUACUUAAUUUUUUUGACUUGCAUUAAUAUGUUUAUUAAAAACAUUUUUCUGACUACAUGUUCCAAGUUAUAUGUUACUCUCAAAUAUAAAAUAAUGUUAUAAUUCUCCAUCUGGAUUUAUUGAAUUUCUGUUUUCUGAGAAGAGACCUUCCAACAGGUAUUUGCAUGAGAAUGAAUAUUUUGUUCAACAUCCCUGGUUGUUAGGACAAUACUUCCAGUGUACUGUCACCACAAACUAUUGUAGCCUGGUAAUUAUUGGUGCCUCUGUCAUAUACUAUUCUAAUACAAACAUAUUUAAACAAAAGCUCUUUAACUGAUAAUUUUAUAAGUUACUUGAUAAAAGUUUUAUUGCAAAAGUUUCUUUUUCAACUGUUUUGUGUUUAUAUGCAAAAUUUCACUGAUACAUUUAUGAUGGAUAAGAGUGUCCUUUUUAACUAACAUGCUGAUUUUUGCAUUCUGAUCUGUAAGCUUUUGUGAAUAUUCUGACAGAGUACAUGGUCUUAUCUUCAUCAGUUGUUAAAUUGUAUAUAUUUCCGUACUGUCCUGCUUUCUUAACCCUCCCAUUUUUUCCCAACCUCAGGAUGCACAAGGCACAGACUGUCUAAUUUUAAACAUUUUUUAAUAUUUGUAUGUCUGUCUUUGGGUUAUAAAUUGGUUCCUCAGAGUGCCAUUUUAAAAAAAAGAUGUUAAAAAUGGCUAUAUUUAAAGAAUUUUGAUAAUUAUCUUGAUAUAUUUAUAUAUUUUCUUUAAAACAGGAAGAAGUCUAACAUCUUAUUUUUUGUAUUGUAAAGAGCUUGGAAUAUAAUUUUGGGGGAAAUUGUGCAGAAUUGAAAAUUCUAUAAUUAUUACUUUUGAAUAUGCCUCACUCCUGGAUUUAAGAUUACAGUGUAUGCUUGGUCAAAUAAAUGUUGGGGAGACAAUAUAUUUUGGUUAAAACUGUAUUUUAUCAGUUUGCUGGUUUUAUGGGUAGGUUUUUAACUUAUUAUCUUAUAGAAUUACAGUAUGUGGAAUGCUCAACAUUUUAAUAAAUAAA